AAGGCCGACAACUUUUCAAGCUUGAGUUUCUGCACACCUACCCUUCACCACUCUAGCAUCUUGCUUGAUCCAGCGUCUCAAGCUUCGAAAGACAAGACCUCAGCAGUCGAAACAAGGGCACUGCUGAGAAACGGAUUUUAUGGAAGCCUUUUUUCGAUGCCGAAUUUGAUGUGCAACAUCCUUUAGAUGGGGAAUGAAGUGAGCAAGCCACAAGGCGCCGUCGACACCGUCGAGAGCUCGCGAUCGCGAUCUCGAGAAUCUACCCCACCAAUUGGCACAGGCCGCUACGCUGCCGACGGCGACCAGGAGGGAGAAACUUUCGAAAACGACGCUGGACCGGCUUCCAGCUUGAAAGUCGAAGGCCCGGCUGGCACACAGCUUCAAUCUAUAUACAGCCACCCACCUGCACCGCUACCGAGCAGGGACCCGUUUUCCCCCCGACCACCAGCAGCUUCGGACCCCGAGUUCCGGGACGGAAUACCUACCCUGAGCAGUCCAAACAGGGUGCGGCCACCUUCGCCACCUCCAGCGACCGAGCCAUUGCCGCCACAAGUUUCCACGCCACGAAUUGGCUCUUCGAAAAAAUCUAAGAAGAGUAGGAAGUUGAGGAGCUCGAUAGCAUCGUCCGACGACCGCUCAAGCUCUGCCUCUACGAAUGUGGCGUUGAUAGGUACGCCGACCGGGACUGAGGCUGCACAUACUACCCUGUCAUCGUUAAGCAAAGCAGAGCGGAAGGCUCUGAGGAAAGCGCGGAAGGAGGCACGUAAGUCCGCCUUGGCUGCCGGGGAUUUGUCGGAAGCCAUGGACGAACAAGACCAGAGCGUGAUGAGCACUGAGCCCAGCGCACUGGAAUUCUCUCACUCGGAUGUUGCGGUUCAGCCAAUGCCGCCACCCUCUAUCCCAUCAGCUGUGCCUGCCACGCCCGCGCCUCAGACAAACAGUAACUUUGACGAACCGGCCAGCAUAAAUGGCCUGACAUUUUCUGGCAAUGGAGAGCACGGUCUGGAUCAGUUGACUACUGUCGAUGAGGCAGCGAUGGCGAGUAUGCUUGGUCAGGAAACCCCAGAAGUGGGACCUAAGCGCAAGCGCAAGGCAUCGGGCAGCAGUGGCAAAGAGAGUCGCAAGAAGAAGUCAAAGAGGCAUGAGUCAACGAGGCAUGAGUCAACCGAGCUAGAAAACGGCGAUGCAGUCAUGUAUAUUUCACAAUCUGUGGAGGCUGACAACGAGAUGACGGACGCCCCACAAGAGCAGCAGAUGCUUGGCCUGGAUAUGGCGCAAGAGGAUCAUGAUGGGAUUGCGAGCAACUCGAUUUCAGAAUUGUCUAACGGAGCAAUUCAAGCAAUGGUUGCUGGUUCUCAAGCUGUGUCUGACCUUGCCCUUGACCCAUCACUUGCAGCACUAGAUUCGUCACAUUACGAGCAGCAAAAUGGACAAGAAGCCGCAGACAUACUCGCCACAGGGGAAAAUACCGCUCUGCAACAGCAAGAAGCCAGUGAGGCUACCUAUCAAAAUCGCAACCUAACCCCGGGGCCAGAUGCAUUUACGACUAGUGACCAUUUGGGACAGCACGAGAUGAUAGAAGAUGGGUCAGUCAGUCAAGGGUACCAAGUCCAAGACGGCGUAGCCCAGACCGCGGAGACGCCACAAAAUAUGGCCGAAGAGAACAUCCCUCCACCUUCUGGAGACCAUGCUGCGCCAGGAACACCACCACCCUUCCCAGGUACUCAAUCCGUCGGCAGGCGUAAGAGCAAGAUUUCUUACCUGGAUCGACAGGCCUCAGAGGUCGUAGGGAACCUGGCAGAGCUCCCUGGCCAAGAGGCUGCUUCCCCAGCUGUACGAAAUCGGAUUGAACAGGCAUCUAAGAGGAGGCCCAGGACUCAGACUGAUACUGGAGAGGGUCCCUCCGGCUCGAACACUGGUGGUAGCGGCAAGAAGGCCAAGGCUCAAAAAGAUUGGGCCAAGGGAGCUCUUAGUGCGGAAGAGAAUGCAAAGAUCCAAGAGGCUGUCGAGGAAUUUCGUAGCGAGCAGGGGAUGUCGCAGUUUGAGGUUAACGAGAUGAUUCACGAAGAUCCAAGCCGCAAAGGGACGGAGAAACACAGGCUCCUCUGGGAGAAGGUACAUGCUUCUCUACCUAGAAGACCUCCGCGAAUCAUCAACUACCGUACAAGGAAACUCUUUCACAAUUUCAUUGGUCGACAAGUUUUCACGAAAGAAGAGGACGAAGAGCUCCGUCGGUUGGUCGAGCUCAAGGGCCCCAGGUGGUCCGAGAUUGGUGCCCUUAUAAACCGUAGCCCACUCGACAUCCGCGACCGGUGGAGAAACUACACUGUGUGUGGUGAUAAGAAAAAGGCGGAUUUCUGGAAUCAGGAGGAGGAAGCGAGGCUUGUUGAACUGGUAGUUGAGGCCAUUGACAGUAUCAAACAAUCACGAGCCCUGGCCAACCAGGACGACAGCCAAGAGUCUGCCGAGCGGGACAUAGCGUGGGAAGGCAUCAGCCGGGGUAUGGAUCGUACGCGGUCAGCCAAACAGUGUCGCGAGAAAUGGGCCUUGCUCCGCGAGCGUCAACGUGUUGCGAGCGAUGGAAGCAUCCAGAGCGGAGGCGACAGGAUUACUGAAGUUCUAGAGAAAACCCGAUCGGACCUGCGAAAGAUGAAGCCCGAGGACAAGUUACGACUCAUAGAAGCAGUGCGCAGGACCAACGUUGAGCUGGACGACAACAUCGUUUGGAGUAAGCUUGGCACCAGCAAGUUUCGCAAGCAGUGGAGUCGUAACACCCUCCGCGUCAUGUGGGCCCGCCUACGACAGACAGUCGAGGGCCAAGCGUCAAUGAGUACUCUCGCUGUGGCGGACGCGUUGACCGAACAGUACAAGAAGGACAAUGUUCUCGUCGAGCUUGGCGACAGCGACGUCGAUAACGAGGCCGAGGUGUCUCUGCUUGACGUUGGCCCGUCCGCUAGAAAAACAUACCGUACCCCUCGUGUUGCUGCUCCCAAGAACCAGUUCGAAGCAUUGAAGGCCGGCGGUACAGAUCCAGCAAACGGCACCCCAACCAAGUGGAAGCGCAAGCCCAAGGAGAAACAGGAAGCUUCGGGCAGCGUUGCUCAGGGCGAGCAGACACACGAGCAAGGAGAGGCUGAUGGCGCCACCCACGGGGCUGAUGAGGGCUAUGUGUCACUGACAAAACGACCAAGGAACAGAAAAUUGGGAGAGGGUGUCCAAGGCAAUGGUCGACGUCACAGCGGCGUCUCUGCCAAGCCAGAGACGCCAGGAAAAUACAAGAGUGCUCAGUUUGUAAACGACGACGACGAUGAAGACGAAUCGGGCGACAAGGCUCAAAGAUCUGUUUCUCCCGAGGUGCCAGCUUCGCCCGAAAGAUCACAACCUGACUCAGCAGGCGAUUCCGCCAGCGGCUUAGUAGUUGACAGCCAGGUCGCCGGUGGCGACUCUCAGGAAUUUGCAGACGAAGACCGCAUGGAGACUGAAAGCGUUGAUUUGGAUCAGCCUGAUCGGUCAAAAAGCGUCUCUGGCAGCGCAGUGCAGGACGAUGAGGUGGAAGAUGUCGAAGAUGACGGGCUUGAUAUAGCUCCCCCUCGCGCGAAUUCGACAGUGUCAGACAACUCGUCGGUCUUUGCGGCAAGCAAGUUUAGGAAGCGCAAAUCUGCAGCGACGGCGACGCCCAGUACCCUCAGGAAGACGCGGAAACCGCGAACUCCAUUUUCAGGUGCACGCAACCAGGCCACUUUAAGCGUGUACGACGACAUUGAGAGUGCACAUGGCGAGUCUUCACAGCCAAACGCUGGCCAUCCCGACGAUGUUGGCAUCAUGAGCACUCAGGAUGAAGAGGCGCAUCAGCGACAGAUGGAACUUACUGGAGACGAGCUCUCUAUCCAGCCGGCCGAGCCUGAAGAAAACGAAAGUGAUGCUGAGCGCAGAAGGUUGGCGCAGUUGAGUGACGAGGACUCGGACAUGGAGGAUAUUCCGGCCCAGUUGCCCAGUCAAAUGACGAUCGAGCAGUGAUUUUCGUAUCCGAGUCAGUGACGGGAGGCGUUCCUUGUGUAAGCUUUGCUCGGUGUUGAUUUUUUAUUUGGCGUUUGUUUUGUGGAUCCUUGGAUCCACAUGGAGGUCAACUUUCUUUUUUUCUUCUGCUCGGCCAUGAAGGUGCAUUAUCCUUACCAUACCUGUUACCCAGGCUUCAUUAUUUCCCUUCUUAUGCUGUCCCACAUUCCUAUGUCAGUGUAGGGCUUUUUGAGGUUGUAAGCUCUACUGGCGAUGUACUUUGAGUGGCUCAGGGGUUGCUGUCGAUAGGAACUUUACGGUUUGUGUUUUCAAGAUGAAGUAGUAGCAAAUGUAUCAAGAAAACAAAUAUAAGCCAAGAAUUACUUGACUCUGUCACUUUGACAGAACAUGACGCUCCCGGAUUGCAGGCAUAGCACGGCUUCUCGCAUUGCAGUCAUG